AGAAUACCAUAUUAUCUAGACAGCUCUUUAUACAUAUGAAUUGCCUUUUUAGAUGGCACAAGAGUGUCAUUUAAACCAGGACGCUUUUUCUUUAUAAUAUGUUUCAUUUCUGUUUCAUCAUCACUUUCAAAUAUUCCAUCCAGGUCACCAAUCAAGGCAAGGUUAGGCCUUUUUCUAUUUCUCUCAAACACUCUUUUCUUUUUUAUUUUAUCCAUUUUAUUUUGUUCUUUUUGUACGUGUAAAAACUUACACUUAUCGCCAUACCGACAUUUACCACGUUGAAACUUUCUGCAAAUGGGCACUUUAUUUUUAUGUUCAUCUUUUCUUUUAUCUGUUUUCUCUGUUUCAGAUAAAGCUACAUGUUUAGAAAGCACAGUUAUUUUGCUCUUCCUUUCUUCAAGAAAAGGGUUGUGAUAGAUACUUGAUGGUCGGAAAGAUUCACAAUUUUUGUCACUGUUAUUGUCAUGUUUUGCCAUUCCAUUACCAUGAUUCUCAGAACCUUCCAGCAUUGGAGGAGGUAGUUUUCCCUUUUGUAGCGGUGUCUUUGAAAGAUCCUUGUGUGACUUUUGUGUUUCUGUUUCAAGGUCAUCGGAUGAGUCACUGUCACUGUUUGAAUCACUGUCACUGUUUGAAUCACUGUCAGUGGAAUCGUAAGAAACGAUGUUCAUCUGUCCUCCAAGGGCAGCCAUUUUUGUUUUGAUAGCACAUGAAAAUGAGAAGCAUAAAAACGAGGCUGCGCAGCUUUCUUCUGCAAACAUUUUGAACCUCACUGGAAUCUGACAAGAUUUUGGUCGUCGAUCGCUGAAGUAUACUUUAAUGCUGACGAUAUUGUACUAAUCAAGGCAAUGAAUGCCUCAUCAGGAAAAGACCUUGAAGUCCUUGGGGAUUUUUUAACAUGGUGUGAUCAGCACAAGGUCAAUUUAAGUCCCAAAAUAAAAGUCACAAACAUAUCAACUAGUCAUCGCUAUGGAGUAGUUGCUAAUGAAGAUAUAAGAUGCAGUGAAACAUUGGUCGAAAUCCCAAGGAAUAUUGCUCUUACCCCAAACCAAAGCUCAAUAGCUUCACGGUUAAGGGAUUUCAAAGAGGAAAAUAUGGAAACGUUGCAGCAGACAAGUGGCUGGAUAUCCCUACUUCUUGCUUUGAUGUAUGAAAUGAAAAAAGGUGAUUCAUAUUGGGCUCCAUACCUGGCUUUAUGUCCAAGCAUCAAUGAGUUUAAUCAGCCAAUGUUUUGGAGGGAUGAAGAAAGACAAGAAGAGCUUACAGGGAUGUCACUCCUCUGGGAUGUACAGAGAGAUCUGUAUAACAUAGAAAAAGAAUAUCAGCAGUUUGCAGUUCCAUUUAUUGAAGGGAAUCAAACAAUAAUGAACAAGGAAAGCCACGAUCUUAAUCUCUACAAACAUAUGGUUGGAUUUGUAAUGUCAUACAGUUUUACUGAUUAUGAAACUGGUGAGACAUUGAUGGUUCCAGUGGCUGAUCUCUUCAAUCAUAAUACAAAUAACAAUGCACAGCUUUCGUUUGAUGAUGAGUCACUUUUGAGAAUGAUCAGCACCAAACCAAUCAAAAAGGGUGAAGAGAUAUUUAAUACCUUUGGUAAACUUGGAAAUUCUCACCUUCUGCACAUGUAUGGAUUCGUGGAAAAUCACCCCAACCCCAAUGAUACGGUGGAAAUAUCACUGACUCAAAUCGUUGAUGCUUUGGAAGCAACAGACGCCAACAAAAUGCCUGUUUUCCAAGCAAUGCUUGCCUUUAUGAGGAAGAUGGGUAUUGCAAGUGAGAAGGACCAGUUUAUUUUCGGAUUGUCUGGACUCAAGUCAGGUCCCGAUUUGUAUGCAGUUUUAAGGAUUCUUCAUAUGGACUUCAAAGAGUUCACUGGCUUAUUACAGGACCACGUGAGUUGGUAUCAAGACACAUACUUUCUUUACUUACUUGAACACGUUCAUCAGGCUACGAGCAAAGAACAGAACGGCGAGGAAGACCCAGCACAGCCCCAAAAUUGUGAUUCAGACGAAGAUAUUACCAUUGUUAAAGAAGUAAGAGUUAGUGCCAGAGAGAGUAAAGAGAAGUCAGUGGCCGAAGAAGGCCUAACGAAAGCCCAAAAUAAUGGUUCGUUUAAAUCUGGAGAGCAACAGAUGAAAAUUGAAGAAAACCAGAAAGUGGAAGGUGAAUUACAAAAUGAGGAGAGGCUCCAAUCAACUGAAAACAAAACGAAGAAGCAAAAUGCAGACAAAGUCAAAGAGAAACCGGCCGAGCCGGUUGGUCAGGUUGAUUCCAAGUCUGCCUGCAGGAAAGUGGAGGCGACAAGUGAAGCUGCGACGGAAGGGUCGAAAUCUGAGUUAAGCAAGAAGUGUUCACCGACAUCUGACGGAUCUCGAAAGUCGAAAACUCGUAAAAGAAAACCGGCGAAAUAUGUACAUGAUUCUGACGAUUCGGCAGAAGAAUUGAAUUAUAAAGCUGUUAAAAAACAAUAUCAAAAUACAAAGCCAAUAACCGAAAUUAAUAGGGUCAAUAAAAAUGACAUUAAUGCGGAUGAAAGUGUAAGCAAAACAGUAGAUAUGUCAAAAGAAGACACUGCCAACUGGAUUUUGAAGUUACCCCAUGUGGACGACGAGCACUCUGAGGAUCCUGAUGAUGGCAGCGAUUAUGGAGAGGAUAGCGAAACGCAGUUACAACUGACGUAUGAUCAAAUUAGUAGCAUCCUUCCAACAAGCUGGAAAACAACCAUGCAAAGUGUCAUUACAAGUGCGUUGGCGCAGAUGAAGCAGGACCCCGGAAAGACAAAGGCAUCCAACCUAUCAGAGCACGCCAUUUUGGCGUAUCAAGUGAGAUUAGGACAGAAAAAGAUUUUACAAAUGAUCAAAAAGUCACUGGCAACAUAGAACAAUCCUGAUGCAUACCAUCAAUAUUAAAAUUCCAGUAAACACUUGCUUCUGAAAUGGUUUCUGAAGCACGCAGGAAGUAGAUGUAGAGCUGCAGUGAUUUCCUUUUGGUAAUGUGUAGCGUUAGUCAAACGAUGCUGUAGCUUUGAGCGUGUCAGUAGUUUUCUCCAAAGGGAAAGUCUGUUAAUGGGAGUUACGCCCGACGAAAGCCUCAUUGAUGGGAGCUACCCCCAGCGAAAGGCUGGUUAAUGAAGUUACGCCCAGGAAAAUCCAUGACCAGGACUUCAUAGCCUAGUUGUGGUAGCACUUAUUGGAACGCAGAAAUUUUGCCAUAUUUACAGCAAAUAGAUAUGAUAUAACAAGAUCCAAGAAAGUCUAGUUCUUGUGACUGGAAACGGUCGUUCGUGUAGAAUUUGUCGAACGAGAUUUAGGUGUUGUGUAGAGAUAAUAGUUUAUUGAAGCUGAACGUUAUGUGGAAAUGAUCCAUGCAGAAAAUCAAGUGAAGCUACAGACAUGUCCCGAAGUAAGACAGAAGUGUCUUCAGUUGUAAGACAGAUCCCACAGACCAAGCAUUCGUGAUGAUUCACAAGAACUUUUGAGACAUGACUCAACCAAUACGACACCAGCAGGACUUGCGAAGUUUCUGAAGAGAGAAUAUUCGGAGAUCUAGCCUAUCCGUUACAUUCGUUAGCUCUUGAUCCACUUUGCCAAUAUAGGACUGCUCGUGAUCUGCGGUUAUCGUGUUGCAUAUUUUGAAAGGAGUAGCCUUUUUUUCGUCACUUUAAAUGCUUGUAAACCUCGUGGUGAAUUGUGAGUGUUAUAUAGCUCUUGAUUUAUUCAAUGGGUCGUUAUUUCGUAGAUAUUCGUUUUCAGGCAAAUACGUUUUCUUAUCUCGGUGCAUUAAACAAAAGAGUAUGUUAAAAAGGUAGUAUCCCGGUGGCAAACGGACCUCUGAAACAUGAAUCUGUAACCUAACCACCGAGAUGCUUCGUCGUAGCUUUAUAGACAGUGUGUAUCGGAUUAGAGUUUCCAUUCGUAACUGUGCCAUCCGGAUUCAAUUGUACAAUUUAGCUGGAUAACCUGACUGGCUUUUGCCGGGUUCUUCUUCCAAUACAAGCUUUUCCCCUAGUAAGACCAGGUUUCUGUCUUCAAAGAAACGAGGAAGUAAUACAUAUUUGAUCAUGCUUGUCAACAAUCCAACGGUAACGGACUUUUUAGAAAUUGGUGACCCGGUGCAGGAAUAUCCAUCCGACUUGCCGGUUAUCUUGUGCAACCCUAGUUAAUAGUCAUGGCUAUUUCGAUCCUUUUGAGAGUGGAUUUUACUUGAAUAGAUUGAUCACAAGAGAGGUAAUACGCCUUUUUAUUUAUCUGAUUAACAUGUGAAUCCGUUACCUAUGCUCACCCAACGUACCUUCGAUAUUCUUUAAAUCACUAGAGAAGGAUCAAUUUUAAUCGACAGGUACCAAAGUGACUUAAGCCAUUUGUCCGUGAACAUUGGCCGACCAAUCAGCGUUAUACCACUCGCACCUUUGUUGUUGAUUGGCCAAUAGUUGAUUAGCAGAUGGCUCAAGCCACUUUAGGAUCUGCCGAUUGCCUUUAAGGCGGCUUUAGGGUUUAGUAGUAAGGCAAAAUAAGUGAAGCGUUAAAGUGCCAAAAACUGUUCUUGUUUGCUUAAACAAUAACAAAUUGAAGCAGCUCCUUUCUCUCCUUCGUUGUGGUAUACCUACUGUUCCUGGCUGUCGAUGUUCAGUUCCGAACGCCAGCCGCAUGCAUUGGGAUGCACCGAUUUGUAGGUGAAUAAACUAAUAAAACAAGCGGAAUGAACUAGCACAAAUUUUCCCGGCAGAAUUAGAGCACUGUCUAGUGUAGCUCCGUUAUUUCUGAUUCAUUAAUUCGCCGCAUUAUGGCAGUAGAGUAAGAAAGGUACAAUACUAUUAUAUAAAAAGCAGGUAUUAGCCACGCAGUGCGAAAAUGAACCAAAAAGUCGUCCAUAGCCCUGGAUAAGAACACUAAUACGGGUGAUAUCAUGCUCAGUGAACGCACAGCGUGUAAAAUUUCUUGAAGUUCACAAUACUGAAGCUCUUAUGAAAAGGAAAACACUCACUUUGUUACAAAUUGUCGCGCUGCGCCUAGAUGUACUAUUAGCUAAGGAAUCUUCAACAAACAAAAACUCACCUCCCCCUUACGUGAAGAUCUUUAACUGCCCUCGAACAAGCCAUUUGCUCCAGCGGUAUCAUCUCUUCUAUUUUAAAAAAGGUUUCAAUCCUCAUUCCUUCUAAACUGAACAAUAGACCCACAGUACAAUACCCUUUUUAGAUAAGAUCAGUCCUUCAUGGGCGUUAUGCUUUGCAUUCCAGCACUCUCUGGAGACUUAAA